AUGACGAAAUCACUCUCCUUGAAUCAGCUGGACGCAAUCAGCACCAUUGAGCGCACAUGUUCUGUCCUCUCUCUGCUGGCAUCCGUCUUCACCAUCUCGACGUUCUGUCUAUCAAAGUCUUUCCACAAGCCCAUCAACCGACUGGUCUUUUACGCCUCCUUCGGUAACAUGUUGACCAACGUCGGAACAAUGAUGUCGCGCACAUACAUCAAUUCAAUCAACUCGGCUGGCUGCCAAUUGCAAGCAUUUAUAAUACAGAUGUUCAUGCCGGCAGACGCCUUCUGGACGCUGGCCAUGGCUAUCAACGUCUACCUCACCUUCUACUUCAAGUUUGAUGCGAAACGACUCCGGGGGAUGGAGAUUCCGUACUUGUGCUGCUGCUACGGCAUCCCUCUCGUUCCCGCAUUUGUCUUCAUCUUUGUCAAAAACCACGCGGGCCAGCGAGCCUACGGAAAUGCCGUGUUGUGGUGUUGGAUUGCCCCUGAAUGGAGCGUCUGGCGUAUCGCCGGCUUCUACGGCCCCAUCUGGGUUAUCAUGGUCAUUAUCUUCUUCAUCUACAUUCGCGCUGGCCGCACCAUCUACGAGAAGCGCAAACAGCUUCAUGACUUUAGCACAUCGGACCCCGACCCUUUGUCUGUCAACGGAGAAGCUACGGGUAGCCUUAAGACGACCGAAGUGAGCGUGACAACAGAAGUUGUGGGUGAAUCUCGAUCCAUCCAUCUACAGCCCAUGGCCCGCCGAGGUUCCGGUGCGCCUCCCCAGGGUCAACAUGACACUGAAGCGUAUACUGUCAUCAUCUCGGCACAUUCGUACGCCUAUAGCCAGGCACAAGACGACGCCAUCCGGCUUACGCGGCAGGCACCCGGCAGUGACGCGACAUCUCGACGGGGCCCUACCACUGCUCGUCGGCGCAACUACGACGUGAACAAUGCGGCCUGGGGAUACACGAAGUGCGCCAUCCUCUUCUUCACUGCGCUUCUCAUCACAUGGCUCCCGUCCAGCGCCAACCGAGUGUACUCGUUCGUCCACUCUGGGAGCACCUACGCGCCGCUAGAGUACAUGAGCGCCUUCGUUCUUCCCCUCCAAGGCUUCUGGAACACUGCCAUCUACAUCGUCACUUCCUGGGGAGCCUGCAAGAACCUGAUGAAUGAUCUUCGGAACGGCAGACGGCCGGAUGUGGCGGAACUGACAGAGGGUAUGCGGCCGCAAGACGGCCAGCAGCGCACCUCGCACCGCCUCCCGUUCAGAUCCCCGCUUAGACCCUCGAAGAGCUACGAGACGGAGAGCAUGACGGAGCUCGCUCACAACGGCGAUCACUCCGAUGACGAGAGGCGGAAGUCCUGA